UGCAAAUGGCAGGAGCACACCUCCAAAGUAUUGAGUAGAGAACGUGCUACCUGAAUACGUUAUAGCAUCUACUUCGUCCGUCGAUCAUCGCCGAAGCCUUUCCUAGGGCUAGGGUUUUCUAUUAUGGAAGGCACAUCACUUCCAAUACGUAGGUUUGAAGAAAUUCCGACCGCCGAAGAAUUUGCAUUAGAGAUUGAAUCCAAAAAUGUUCCCGCCGUUUUCACCGGUUGUAUCAGUAACUGGAAAGCUUUCUCAGCAUGGAACCCCUCUAAUGGAGGUCUUGACUAUUUGCAGGAACAAGCAGGGUCAUCAGUCGUGGAGGCUAUGCUAUCCAGAUCGGCACCCAUAUUUUAUGGCAAUAUUAGAGGGCAUGAGAGAGUUCCUUUGCCAUUUUCCACAUUUAUUGGUUUCUGUAAGAAACAUUUUAGGAACUCCAUCAAGGACCAGGGCUUUCGUUCUGCAAUAGAACAUCACAAGCAAGAUGAAUCUCUACUAGAGAUGGAGAGUUCACUUUCUAAUGUUGAUCCUCAACAAGUUUAUUUGGCACAGGUUCCUAUCAUGAAUUCUGAAAAGGAUGAAAGGUCUUAUUUGGAAAUGCUCAAAGAAGAUAUUCAAAUGCCUGCAUUUGUUGACGGUAAAGAAAUGGCUGCUAUUAAUUUGUGGAUGAACAAUAGUAAAAGUAGAUCAAGUACACACUAUGAUCCACACCAGAAUCUACUAUGUGUAGUUACUGGCUGCAAACAAGUUACCUUAUGGCCUCCUUCAGCAAGUCCCUUUCUAUAUCCUAUGCCUUUAUACAGUGAGGCCUCAAACCAUAGUUGUGUUGCUUUAGGAACUCCUGAUCUUUCUACUCAACCAAGAGCUAAACUGUUGAUGGAGUAUUCUCAAAGAUGCAUUCUUCAUGCAGGGGAUGUUCUCUUCAUUCCUGAAGGCUGGUUUCAUCAGGUGGAUAGUGAUGAUUUGACAAUUGCUGUCAACUUCUGGUGGAGGUCCAAUACCAUGUCUGCACUUCCUGAACACAUGGAUUCAUAUUAUCUGCGCAUAAUAUUGAGAAGACUGAUUGACAAAGAGAUGAACCAAGUGUUUUGUAAGACUACUGCUGGCCUUGCAGAACCAGAAAAGCACACAUUUACAAUGGAUAAUCAUGGGACAGCAGGUGGCUCUAUUAAUCUUUUCAUUUAUCUCAUGUCUAUUCAUCCUCAUCUAUGUUUUUCACCUUUAAGUGCACAAAGGAAAGAACUGAUAAGUAAAUGCGGUGCCAUUCCAGAGCACAAAGACAAUAAUACUGGUGUAAAUGGUGAAGAUGGUUUGAAUGGGCUGAAGCAGAAAAUACUAAUGAAUGAACUAGAGCCUCCUACUCUUCAUGCUCUUCAUGAACUAGUAUCUUUGGUUCAUGACUGUGUCAAUGUUGACAAAACUCCACAAGAGAGUUGCUCCUUGACUAUCAGCUCAACAGAUGAAAAAUAUAAAAAAAACGGGAAGGCAAAUAUGUUUAAUCUUGAAGAUGAUCGUGUUGCUUAUUUCAUCUGGACCUUCCAUACCCUUGUACUUAGAAAUGUCUUGUUAGCUAUGGCGCACAACUUCCCUAGAACCCUAGAGGCAUUGAUAUUGCACUUACUUUCACCAGUGGGGGCUGAAGCCUUAACGCGGAAAUUUGAUGAGAUGGAUCGACUGACUUCUGAACAGGAUCGGAAUAUAUUUUAUGAAAUAUUUUAUGGUGCAUUUGAUGAUCAGUUUGGUGCUAUGAAUGCAAUUUUGAACGGAAAAGAAUCCUUUGCACUUCAGGCAUUCCGGAAUGUGCUUGAUCAAUACAUGGGCGUUAAUUUUAAUUCAUCAAAUCCAUCGAUUGGAUGAUUAUCUGCUGGCAUAUUGGGGAAGGCAUUAAAAAAUAUUGGUCCAUACACUCAGUCUAAUCUUUUAAGAGCGGAAACCAACUCCUGUUUACUGCACAAUUUAAGGGCUAUACUCCUAUUAUGGGUGAUCCUUUUUGAUUACCAUAAUCAUCUCUGUACUAGCUUUUAGAUACUUGUUGUAAGACUAAUCUCCAAAAACCUUUCAUGGAUUAAAAUGUAAUACAUGCUUUGGAUGAAAUUUAACUAAUAUAAUAGAUUCUUGAUCUGGCUUUCUCUACUGUCCCUUUUAUGAAUGUACCUGAAUAUUUGGUCUCUGAUGGUAUUGUUUGUUUAUUUGUGACAAUAUAUAUUUCAAUUGAUUUCACA